UGUAAAUCUUACAAUUUCGACAAAAAUCACAAAAAUAAAACUAAACCACGCUUACUUGUUUUACCACAAAGCCCAUCAUCAUCGCAUUCUCUUAUUCUCUCUCCCCCUCUCUAUAACAAAUAAAACUCUGUUUCUCUCUCUCCUCUACUCUCUCUCUCUCUCUCUACCCAAUUUCUGUGGCGGCUCUCUCUCUACCUCUACUUCUUCUCCUCUUCUCAGAUUGAGAUUUGGAUCCAUCGAUCUCUUCUUCUGGGUUGGGUUGUUCGCCAUGGUUGCCCAACAGCCACAACUUCAGAUUCAGACUCAGCAACCUACACCUUCUCCUCAAGAUGAAGCCUUGAAAAGGAAUACCGAUUGUGUCUACUUUCUUGCUUCUCCCCUGACAUGCAAAAAGGGAAACGAAUGUGAGUACCGCCAUAGUGAGUAUGCUAGAGUCAAUCCUAGAGAUUGUUGGUAUUGGUUGAAUGGUAACUGCUUGAAUCCCAAGUGUUCAUUCCGUCAUCCGCCUCUUGACGGGUUGUUAGGAACACCACCGGCAACUGCUGCUACUGCUGGACCAUCUGUCCCCGCGCCACAGAUUGCGGCAACAUCUGCAACCCAUGCACCACCUUAUAAUGCUAGUAAACAAGCUGUGCCUUGCAUUUUCUUUCAAAAGGGGUUUUGCUUAAAAGGUGACAGAUGUGCCUUCCUGCAUGGACCAAACCCUACCAAUGGUAGUAAAAUAGCUCCACAGGGGUCAAUGACGAUGACCAACCAAGGAGCUGAGAAUCCAAGUUUUAAGAAACCUUUUGGCGGCAUUGAAAAACAUGCACAAGAAAAGAAAACUUCCCAAGCAAAUGUUGCAAGUGUUGAAGCUAAACCUCUCCAAAAAUUUGAGACUGCUCCACAGAAAAAUAUGUUUAAGUUGGGGAAGCAUGUACCGCCACCACCUGCAGGGUUUGACAAUGAGGCUUCGCGAUUUAAGACAAGUAGUUCUCCACCGCCAACCAAUGGUUCUAAUGCCAGAUCUAAUCGUGUGCAUCAGCCUCGUUUGCCAGAUGAUCACAGUUUCCAUAGUGGUAAGGAUAAUGACGAGUUUCUCAGAGAGUCAUCUCCUGGAUUUGAUGUUCUUGUAGCCGACGAACUUAGAAAUUCUGAUUACUAUCAUGGGGAAGAUGAAUUUGGUAAAACAAGAGGUCAAGAUGAAAGAGGCCCAGACUCUCUGAAUGAAUAUGAUGUUGGACAUUCUGCUGAUUAUAGUUUAGCUGCUGAUAUUGAUCGAGAUAGAUUUCGUGCGCCCCAAGGUUAUGACUCAUAUGAUCACAUGCAAGAGCCAUAUGGCUGGGAACCUAGAAAGGGAUCAGCCCAAAUAGAAAGAAGGACUCAUCACAGAUCUCGCAGUCCUGACAGUGUUGAGGUCUCAGAUCUCCGACAUCGUUUAUCCAAGCGCAGGAAGGGAAAUGGCCUAAAAUCUGUCGUCGCUCAUGAUGAGGAGCAAAGUCAUCGAUUUUCUCGGAAGGAUUCACACCAGUUACCUUCAAAUGAGAGAUCCGUCAAUAAUCGUUUCCGAGGCAGAAUAAAUCUUCCACCAAACGGUGGUGACGGUCACCUAGAGAGGGACUUAGAUAGAGGAAGAAUCAGCAGUCACCUAGAGAGGGACUUGGACAGAGGAAGAAUCAGUGGCCGGUUGUCAUCUGGAAGGCUGCAAUCACCUCAUGAGGGAAGGAUCCAGGAUAGAUUAAGAGGAAGGUUGCCAGAUGAUGAGAGGAGAAAUUUCAGCAGUCGAUCGAAUGAGGACCGAAGUGGGUUCUCUGCGCCAAAAAGUCUUGCUGAACUUAAGUAUGGGAGGAACACUGAGAAUAAUGACCAACAAUCAUUUGGAAAGAGGAAAAGCUUGAGGGAUCACCAACAAUAUGAAGAUGAUGCACCAUUUGAAGGUCCAAAACCACUUAGUGAAAUUCUGAAGGAGAAGAAAGGAGUUGGAGCUGGUGCAGGCUCCUCCAACAGUAGCAAACAUGAUGACAAUAAGAAUGAAGGAAUUACCGAAAAUGGAACAUUGUCAGAGAGCAAGGAAGAAGAGUCCAAGAUUCAGGCUGCUGAUGGAGUUGAGAAUACUGAUGUAACUCACGGUCAAUCGUCCGAGGAAGGAAUGAUAUACGAUGAAGCUGCCGAAGAUCAGGAGUAUGAAGGUGAAGGAGAUUAUGAAUAUGAGCAAGGUGAUGAGGAGUAUGAGUAUGAACAAGUUGAGGGCGAAAAUCAAGAGCAAGAAUAUAUGGAAGAUGAAGAUGGGGAUGACUUUGCCAAGAAGAUUGGUGUUGUUCUUUCAUAAUUUUUAUGGAGAAGCUCAUAAACAUAUUUUGCUAUUGAUAAUGAUCUCUGAUGAGACCUUAUAUUGUCUCUUUAACUUAGCAGCAUUUUUCUGCUUAAGCAUGUAGACCUCAACUGGAGUAUAUCUGUCAAUUUUCAUUUUCUUGUAUUGAUUUUUACAGUGUUUUAAUCUGAUUGAGUGGAUAUUUUUAUGUAAGAAGAAGUGGGGCAUUUUGCUGUACUCUCAUGCAGAGUGCAAGCCUGUAACGUUAGAGAGUUAAUAAUAUUUGCAGUUACAAUACAGUUUUUUCCUUUUAGUUGAUA